AAAAUCCGCCGUUAGAAGCACACUUGAGCACUCCUCAAUCAGAACACUAAAGUUCCACCAGAGUCGCAAGUUCCAACACUCGCAGAAAAUCAGCAAGCAUGAAGUUCGCAGUAGUAUUUCUCUCGGCCUUUGCCGUCUUUGCCGUCGUUAGCGGAAAAGCCAUUCCCAAAGUGGGAGCAGAAGAGCAUCCGCAGGAGCAGCACGUUCACAACAAGCGGUCAGUUGGAGCAGUACCAGCUGACGACGACUGCAGACCGGAAGGUCUGUCCGGGGUCCACAAGCGAUCAGUUGGGGCAGUACCAGCUGACGACGACUGCAGAGGGGAUGGCCAGUACAGAGUCCACAAGCGAUCAGUUGGAGCAGUACCAGCUGACGACGACUGCAGACGGGAUGGCCAGUACGGAGUCCACAAGCGAUCAGUUGGAGCAGUACCAGCUGACGACGACUGCAGAGGGGAUGGCCAGUACAGAGUCCACAAACGAGCCGUAAAUGCAGCACAGCCAGCAGGCGUGGACAGCGAAGAGGCAGCCGAGCACAAACACGUCCACAACCAUCACAAGCGAGCCGCCGAAGAAGUAGCUGAGGAGGCUGAAGAGGACGCUGAAGCUGAAGAAGAAUGCGGUGAUUGUGGCUGCGGUGAUUGCGGCUGCGGUAACUGCUGCUGUAGUUGCUGCUGCGACCCCUGCUGCGGUGAUUGCUGUGGCUGUGGAUGCUGCGGUGAUUGCUGUGGCUGUGGAUGCUGCGGUGAUUGCUGCUGUGGCUGUGGGUGCUGCGGUGAUUGCGGCUGUGGCUGUGGGUGCUGCGGUGAUUGCGGCUGUGGCUGUGGCUGUGGAUGCGUCAACCAAUGCACCUCCGUGUGUCUCAAGUUGUCCGUCAACACCUGCGGUCGGGUCUGCUCCUGCUGCCCAGACUGCUGCUGCUAAUUCGGAUAAUCAAGAUGGAGACCACCCGGUCCUUGAUUUCCUCGAAAUUGAAGUGUUCCCCCUUUUUUUCCUCUUUCUUCUCAUCGGUAAAAUGUAUCUAAAAAA